CGAAAAAUCAUUCUUCGGACCUUCUUUUAGUUUUUUUCCUGAAGCAUCGAGUGAGGGGGAAUCGAUAGAACAUGCAACUUUCAGGGUCGCACUAGAUGGGUCUGCAAAUUGGAGCUCUGGUACAACAAACUCGCCAGAAAUGUCAUCAGGCUGAGAUUGAUCUGGCCUCUUCAUUAGCAGCAAGUAAAAGGACCCGUGCCUCUGUAAGAACUUUCCCUACAUCCCCUGACAUUGUUAUUUCUGAUGAUGAUGUCGUUCUUAGUAGGGUUAGGCGUGGUAAACACAUUGCUUCUAAAUCUUCUUGCUCUAAGCCAAAGCCCACCCCCAAAAGCCAUGAAAUCCUCUUCAAAAUUUGUCCCAAUAGUUUGAUCCUCAAGAAAUUUCACGUCGACAUCCAAAAAGAAACAAGUUGUUUCCCCUGUUUCCUCAUCGUGUUCCUUGUCUGGAUCGGAUGUUGAGAAUCCAACCCAGUCCAAUCCUUCAGCAUCUUCCGCUUAGCUUGAGAGAAUUAUUUACUUCCAUCAACAAUCAGUUCUUUGAGGAAGAGUGGUCACUGGAUUUGGGGGUCCUGAGAUGGCUGUGUUACUGUCCAAAAUAGGGGCUUAAGGUUGGUCAGCUCUUUUUCUUAAGGGUGAUAUCCAACGUAAGAUGGCUAAGAGGGAGGUAACUGAAUUCUACAUAAAUAGCAAGAGUGAUGGUCUAUCUUUUACCUCCACUGUGAGAAACACCCUUAUUCAUUUUGUCCCUGCUGAUGUUGCUCGGAUAUUAGAGAUUU